CAGCCUUCCGCACCUUGCCUCGUGUUGGAAGCUCAUCCCACCAACUCCCCCAGAUCACUUUGCAUUUCGGAGCAGUGAAGCUCGAAACACAGCGCAGAAACAUGCGAUAAUUACUGUUCGGGCGCAAGCUUAAUGAAACAUGGAACCCAAAGACCCUGAGGAGACUGCAGUGAGCAGGCGGCAGGCAGCCGCAGAGACGGGACCAUUCGUACUUCGCGCCUUGCUCGAGGAUCUGCCAUUGUCUGCAGAAGGGGAUAGAGAUGAUAUCGAGAUAAAUUGCGUGGAAUUUCUAGAACAGAACCUAUACGUAGGAACGUCCGCAUCCGAGAUACUACACUUUGUACAAAUACCUCCCGACCCCGAAGAUCUCUCUGGAAAGCCAUCGUAUAUUCUGGCAUCAAGAUUACCUCCCGCAUAUCACGAACCUCCGACCGCUGCUCGACCGGGCGUGCAGCAGAUAUUGCUCCUACCUAAAGUCAAUAAGGCUUGCAUAUUGUGCAACUGGACAGUAACAUUCUACUCGCUCCCAGAAUUGAGCCCUGUGUUUGGAACCACGCAAAUACGGCCGUGCAAUUGGAUUGGUGGCAUAGACUUGAAUAUUGACUUGAGUGGGAGUGGACAAGAUGUCAAGGCUCCUUCUGUUACGGUUCUGGCUUCUUUGAAUAAGAAGAUAAGGGUUAUUAAGAUCAGUGAAGAUCCUCGUGGGCUUCGGGUUGGUAUUUGUCGAAUAUGUGCCAACUAAUGCUAACAAAAGGACAGACAAUCGACUUCGCAGGAAGUGUGACGUCUGUUCGCCGAGACUCAUUCGCUUGUGUUGCUGAUUCUCACUCGUAUGCGCUUCUGGACGUCGAUCGGUUGCUCAAGAUACCACUUUUUCCCAUUUCUUCGCUAGAUGAUUCACAGUCUGGCAAUAUUGGUGGCUAUGUUGAGGAUAUAUCUGGUAAUACUACUGGAGGCAUAUCGCGAAGUACAUCUUCGGCCCAAGCAUACUCCAAUACGCCUCCAGAUGACAGGGGCCAUGGGCGCAGUACGAGUUUAGGUACAUUUAUGACUGGUGGUGCUCGUAGACCAGGACAAAGAGCUGCAAGCGGCGAUCGUACAGGACGAGAGACACCAGAGGGAAUAUUUCGAGAAUCAUCGCCCGCUGCAGCAAGAGAGCCAAGUCCAGCGAAUAAGCCCCUCCCUGCCCCUCCAUCUGAUUCCGAGGCCACAGAACAACAGCAGCCGCCAGCGCCGCCAGCUCCUGUAUUACUCAAGCCUCACGUAGUGUCCCCCACGCCUCAGGAGUUCUUACUUGUGACUGGUACUGGCCCUCGUGAUCCUGGAGUUGGCAUGUUUGUGAAUCUCGAAGGAGACCCAACCCGAUCUACUUUAGAGUUUGACAAGUAUCCAGACCAGCUCGUGGUCGAUGGUCGCGGAGUUGGCGUGGACCCGACCGCAACAACGAUUGAUGACGAUGAGGAGGGAUUUGUACUUGCCUCAAUGUCUCGUGAUUUUGGCGAAGAAUCUCGAUAUGGCGUAGAAAUCCAGCGGUGGGACUUGGAUCCUGGGGAAGGCGAUAUUGAAAAGCACUGGCUGGAAGCGCCGUUAUUGAAAGCUGAUAGCAGUCCUGGGAGAAUUGGUCUUCGGUCUGUUGUUGAUGUUGGAGAUGUCUUCUUUGAAGACGUUGUGGAAAGAUUGCGGUCGAAGCGCUUCCAGCCAUUUGCGACGAGAUCUAUGGACGCAUCUAUUCUAUCACUGCAUAGUGUCGAUUCUAGGACAGCAAUGUCACUGGAACGUGUUUCUGGCGAGAGAGAAUUAUUUGAGAGCACUGACGAUCUUCCACAAGGAUGGGAAGACCGUCGAAAUGAGGAGGAGCAACAGUUUGCCCAGCCGCUUGGACACGCUCGUACGCGCUUAGUUGCCUGGUCUGGAAAUGCCAUUUGGUGGACAGUUCGGAAUCCGCUUGUUUUGAGGUUGGAUGCCAGCCUUACAGAUAUUACUACUACUCAACUCCGAGAAGACCAGACGUACCCUUCAAUCGACCGAAGAAAAUUGAUCGAAGUGGUCAACUCGUUGCGUGGCCGUGAGGCCAAAACGGAAACUGAGUAUCUUAGCCUUGGGUAUAUCAGACAGCGUGCAGGACUGUUACUGUUCAUGAGUGGUUUCGAUGCCCUGGCACCACCGCCUUCAGAGCCCGAGUAUCGGAUAUGCGAAGACGCUUUGCUCGAAGGUGGUUUGGAUCCACGAGUCAUUCUUGCCAUUGUCCCAUAUCUCAGAAAUGAGAUCGUGGAAGGUCGAAAAGGCAUAUGGAUUCACGGAGGUGUCAAAGAUGUUGCAGAUAGCUUCAUCACAAACAGCAUCUCUGAAAGCUCAGACCCCACCAAGCAGAGCGGUAUCAUGUCCGACCAUAUCUUAAACUUUCUAAGAAGAUUCUUGACAGCAUGGAGGAAAAAGAAAGGAUUUGGAAGUAUCGCCAACGAAAAUGAAGUGUUCAGAAGCGUUGAUGCGGCACUCUUGAUUGUUCUACUUCAGCUUGACAGGGCUACUCCUCCUGGCCCUCCAAAAGGGAAGUCUGUGAGACUAGACCUAUAUGAACUUGUUGACAAGGGAGUUGAUUGUUUCGAGCGGGCUGUCUCCUUGCUGGAGUCUCACCGACGUUUAUAUGUACUCAGCCGACUUUACCAAAGUCGGAAGAUGGCCGGCGAGGUGCUUGCUACUUGGCGCAGAAUCGUUGAGGGGGAGCCUGAUGAAGGCGGGGAGUUCCGAGAAGGCGAGCAAAAGGUUCGGGACUACCUUACCAAAAUACGGAAUCAAGCCUUAGUACAGGAAUAUGGUGUCUGGCUGGCAACUAGAAACCCUAAGCUUGGUGUUCAAAUCUUCGCCGAGGACCGAAGCCAGGUUAAAUUCGAACCGAAUCAGGUUGUCGAGAUUCUCCGGGCGGGCGCGCCUGGGGCAGUUAAGGAUUACCUUGAGUAUCUUGUUUUUAGCAAAAACCAUGCCGAGUACAUCAAUGAGCUUAUAGCGUUCUAUCUGGACAUCGUCACCAGCAAAUUAGAGGAGUCAGAGGAUGCAAGGUCGAUUUUGGCACAAACCUAUGACUCCUACCGGGCACUACGUCCUCCGAAGCCGACCUAUCGACAGUUUAUCACGGACAACGCAAUCGACGAAGAAUGGUGGCACAGUCGGCUGAGGCUACUGCAGCUAUUAGGUGGAAGUCAAGGUUCGGCCUCUCAGUACGAUGUCGGUGCCAUUCUGGCAAGGAUUGCACCUUAUACCCGGGAGCUCGUCCCAGAGGUCAUCAUUCUAGAUGGCAGACAGGCCCACCACGAAGAAGCCCUCAAACUCUUAACCCAUGGUCUAGGAGACUACGAUACAGCCAUCAACUACUGCCUACUCGGCGGUUCGAGCAUCUAUCACCCUGUAUCCGGAACAGUAGCAAUGGAAAGUCUACCGAGCCGGGAACAGCAAGCCGAGCUUUUCGGCUUUCUACUAUCCGAGUUUCUAAAAAUCGAAGACAUCAGCAAUCGUGUUGAGCAGACGAGUAAUCUACUUGAAAGAUUUGGAGGUUGGUUCGAUGUCGAACACGUGCUGAGCUUGAUCCCAGAUAGCUGGUCUGUGGACCUAGUAGCUGGAUUUCUGGUCAGUGCUUUGAGGCGUAUUGUUAGAGAACGAAGCGAGACUAUGGUCGUGAAGGCGCUGAGUGGUGCGGAGAAUUUAAAGGUUGCUGCAGAUCUCAUUGGGAAGAUCGAUGCUGCAGGGCCAUCAAUUGAGGCCUAGAAAUAAUGAAAUAACUUAAUAAUCACAAC